GGUACAAUUGGUGGAAUUAUUGAUUUGGUUCAAAGUUUGCAAACAUUUAGAAAUAUGCUAAUUCAUAGUUUGAACAAAAUGAAAGAAAUAUUUAAAACUCAGCCACAAUUUAACGAUAAAGAAAAUAGCAAAAAUAACG